AUGGGGAUAAGGCACCUUUUGUUGCUGCUCAUAUACCUGGACCCGCUGAGCGUCCUGAGCGCCGCUACGGGCGGUAAGAAACCCAAGCCGGGCCCCAAGAAGCCCAAAGCCACCCCGGUGCCCACGGUGGUCCCGCAGAAGACCCCGCAGCCGGCGCCCGCCAGCAACCACGACACCUGCCUGGGCUACUACGACGUGAGCGGGCAGUACGACAAAAUGUUCGAGUGCAACAACACGGACCAUCGGUACUGCUGCGGGACGUGCUUCCUGCGCUUUUGCUGCGAGUACAAGAAGGACCGGCUAGAUCAGAAAGCCUGCAGGAACUACCAAACACCGACCUGGGUGCAGACGGUCGCCCCGUCGCCCAUCCCCACCGGGGAAACCUACGAUCCGAGCAUGGAUCAGACCAACACAGCGGUCUAUAUCACCUGUGGGAUCAUAGCCUUCAUCAUAGUGCUGGGAGUGUCCGCCAAAGUUGCGUAUGACAAAGCCACAGAGCCGCCUCAGGAAAUGAAUAUACACAGGGCCCUUGCAGACAUCCUGAGGCAGCAGGGGCCCAUCCCCAUAUCUCAAUACGACUGUGAGAACUUUGCUGCGAUGAACGGCUCACCCAAAGACAACACACCAGUCAGAACCUCGUCCAAGAACCACUACACCCCUGUUCACACCUCCAAAUCCAACCACGGUCUCCACUAUGGAAAGGAGAGCGUCCGGAGCAGCGGAGGCGCCGACCUUCACAACUUCAUCUCCUCUGGCUUUGUGACGUUGGGUCGGGGCCAUCAGAAAGGAGAAAAACAUUGGCCGGUCCGCUCCCAGAGUCACCAUGGUACCCAUCAGCACAACUAUAACCAUGUGGCUCUAGGUAGCCCCACACGCACACCUAAGAAUGCUCACCGAUCAUUGAGGCGUGAAAAUAAUCGGAUAAGUGGUAUCCUGACGUCGCAGACGGAGCCCUACGACCUGUCUUUCUCACGCUCCUUCCAGAGCCUGUCACACCUGCCACCCUCCUACGAGGUGGCCGUCAAAGCCGACCUCAACCGGUUCUCGUCCCUGAAGAAACUCACAGAUAAAGAAGUUGAAGACUACUACACUCGGAAGCGCCACCUGCCUGAUCUGGCAGCAAGAGGCACUCUUCCCUUGCAUGUUCUCAAAAUGAGUCAAGAACAGCACCGGGAACAGCAGCAGCUCCAGAGCCAGCCCCCGCAGUCCUCCAUCUCCCAGGCCCCUUCCCAGUCGCAGUCCUCACAGCAGCAGUCUCAGCAAAGGCAGAGGCCCCGUCGUGUCCAAAGGGCAAUGUCCCAGGAUCGCGUCCUGUCCCCGCAAAGGGCCCCACAACAGGAAUACAGCAUGUCUUCUAAUGGUAUGUCCCCAUACGGAGGUAGAAUCCUCUCAGAUGAACAGCUCCUGUCUGCUGAACGUCUUCGAUCCCAGGAGCGUCUUCUCCCACAGGACCGCCACACCUCCCAAGAUCGCCUGUACUCCAAGGACCGCAUGUACUCCAAGGACCGACUCCUGUCGCAGGACCACCUCUACUCAAAAGAUCGCCACUACUCCCAGGACCGCCUCUAUUCACAAGAUCGCCUGUACUCACAAGACCGCCUCCUAUCCCAGGAUCCUCUGCUCUCGCCAGACAAGCUGAUGUUGUCGUUGAAGCGUGGCAUGGUCAGUAGCAUCUCUGGUGGGUUUCGUGGCAGCGACAAGUCAAUGUCACGUGCCAUCUCACACACAGACGUGUUCAUACCAACCACGCCUCUCAUGGAUCGCUACAAGAUGACCAAAAUGCACUCCCAUCCUAGUCCCUCUAACAAUGGUGGUGGUGGCGGUGGCAGUGGGGCACAAGGAGCAGGAGGAACCGGACACUCCAACACUUUAGCCAUGAACCAGACAGCAAACAAGAGGCAGGCGUUUGCCUCUAGACGGACUCACACUGUGGAACAGCUCCACUACAUCCCACAGCACCACCAGCAGCAGCAACAACAGCCACAGCACUACCGCACAGGCAGCAAGACUGAGGUGACUGUGUAA